GCCGGACCGGUUGAUGGCAGAAUCACACACGCACCACACCUACUCACCCCACUCAUCACAUCCUGUGGGAAGAAAGCGAGGGCGAGAAAAAAAAACACAUCGACAUGACUUCGUCGUCACCCAUUGGCGUCGCCAUCAUUGGCGGCGGCCUGUUUGUCAAGGAGCAGCACCUGCCCGCCGUGCUCGCCUGCCGCGGCCUCGCCCUGCGCGCAAUUUACUCGCGCUCCCUCGCGUCGGCCGAGUCCACCGCGGCGCUCAUCCCGGAUCUCGUCGCCGCCGCCGCCGCCGGAGCCGCCGGAGAGCCGCAGCAGGUGGACCUCUACGCCGAGGACGCGGGACCCGGGCGCGCCCUCGCAGACCUCCUCUCGCGCUCCGACGUGGCCGCCGUCAUCAUCGCGCUGCCCAUCCUCGCGCAGCCGGCCGUCGUCGAGGCCGCCCUCGUCGCCGGCAAGCACGUCCUGGCCGAGAAGCCCAUCGCCAAGGACGUGGCCUCGGCCCAGGCCCUCAUCGCGUCGUACCGUCGCCAUCGCCAUCAGCAGCAGCAGCAACAGCAACAACGGCAACAACAGCACGGCGACGGAGGCGUGCAGUGCUGCACGCUCGCCAUUGCCGAAAACUUCCGCUUCGUCCCGCGCUUCGUCUACGCCGCCGAGCAGGCCGCGCGCAUGGGCCGCGUCACGCACUUCUCCGUCAAGGUCAUGUCGCACAUGCGGCCCGACAACAAGUACUACCAGACGACGUGGCGGCAGCGGCCCGGGUACCAGGGCGGCUUCCUGCUCGACGGCGGGGUGCACCACGCGGCGGCGGCGCGCCUCUUCCUGCGUGGUGGAAGCGGAAGCGGUAGCGGCGGGGGCGGGGAGGGCAAGGAGGGUAACGGGGAUAACAGCAAUCGCGCCGCCUCGGUGCGCGCAGUCACGGCCCUGGUGCAGCCGGGCCUGCCGCCCAUCGACACCGUCACCGCCGUGCUGCGCACCGAGGGCGGCGCCACGGGCACCUUUCAGCACUCGGCGGGGACCCUCAUGGAGGCGUUCGAGUGGGACGUGGCCUGCGAGCGCGGCUGGGUGCGGUCCUCGGGCGAGACCGUCGUGGUCAAGCCCAGCGGCGGGGAGAGGACGGAGAGGGUCUUUGAGCGCACGUCGGGCGUCGCCGAGGAGGUGGCCGCGUGGGCCGAGGGCAUCGCGCGCGGGGAGCCCAACCCCCUGCAGAGCCCCGAGGAGGCCCUCGCCGACCUCGAGUUCCUCGAGAAGAUGUUUGUGAGCGGCGAGAGGGACGGUGAGCUGGAGAGGUACGAGCUGCAGCUGUAGGACGCCGGCGUGUGUGGUGGGAUGGGGGAAUAUGUAUGUGAGUUGCUGGUGCCCGAGUAGAUUUGCUCGCCAAUAUGCGUGGACAGUGAGUGGUUUUAUAUGAGUUACCAAAGGCUAGGCUGCGUGCGAGAACGACCUUGUCAGCCCUCUGACAGUCACUACAUAUUCUGUCUUCAUCUCCGCAAGAUGACGAAUACGUGAGCGGUCGAGACGGCGUGGAGCUUUUUCUUUUUUUUUCAGAUUAAAGAGGAAAUGCUAUGCAAUGUAAAGAAAGCCCAUGCCUCGAAGAAAGGGGGGUCCGCAUCGGGCAUACAUAUCCCUUCAAGACUCCAAAUAAAAGACGCACACGACU